AACAAUGGAACCCGACCUCAUUCGUGUGUUCGGAAGCAUGCCAAAGACCCUGUUGACAAAGAAUCCCAGUUUAGUUUGUUCCAACUUCUCCGGGUUAUCACACGCAAGUAUAUUUGAAAAUUCCAGUCCUUUCACUUUCAUGCUCCCUCUUUUGAUGCUCCAAUUGGCCCUUGCCUCUGCCGCCAUCCUCAUUACCUUUUCUCUCCUCCGGCGUCUUGGCCUGCCCCUCAUGUUCGCUCAAAUCCUAGGUGGAAUGCUGGUGGGGCCAUCAAUGCUGUCCAAGAUUCCAGGGUUUUUCAGCACCAUAUUUCCGAUAAGAAGUUUCUUAAUAAUGAACGUAGUAUCCACUAUGGGUUUCAUGUUUUACUUCUUCUUGAUCGGCGUACAAACAGAUGUAUGGAUGCUCAAGAAAAUAACCAAGAAGACGUUUGCCAUUGGGUUUUUCACGGUGGCAGUGCCCAUGAUACUAACCAUGGCCACCGCCCUCGUGUGGAUGCAAUUUGAAGAUCCUAUCGACAAGAGGAUCGAUCAGCUUCUGGAGAUAGCCAAGGCGGAAUCCAUGGUUUCCUACUCGAUGGUAACAUACUACCUUUCCGAGCUUCGGGCUAUAAAUUCAGAAGUUGGCAGAGUAGCAGUAUGUUCUUCCAUGGUUAGUACGUUGUGCAGUCUGUGUGUGAUCACGUCUAACGUGCUGUGGACGGAUUCGGAAGACGACGUGUUGCUCUUCUUCGAAUGGAUUUGUUGUAUCGUCAUCUUUGCAGCUCUAGUCUGCUGUACUCUUGGCCCUAUACUUCUUUGGGAGAUGAAGCAGACAUUGGGUGGACAACCUUUGAAACAGGGCAACUUAGUUGUGCUGUUUGUAGCAGUGCUUAUGUCGGGGUUUUGGGCACGUAGUUUCGGCGUAAAUAUUUAUUUUGGUCCCUACUUAUUCGGGUUAUUGAUACCGUCAGGACCUCCACUAGGGUCAGCGCUUGUAGCAAAGCUUGAUGUGAUAACCAAUUGGAUGCUGCUGCCGUUAUUUUUUGUGAAAUUUGGUCUCCCAAUAGAUAUCUUUGCUAUUAGAUUUAAAAUUUACUUCAAAGUACAGUUCUAUUCCCUGUUGGGUGCAUUUGGGAAGUUCUUAGGAGCUUCCCUGAGUGCAGUCAGCUGCCAAAUGCCGCAAAGGGAUGCUAUUUCUCUUGGCUUUUUCAUGACUUUUCAAGGCAUCUUCGAGCUUAUAUUGUAUAAGCUAAUGAAACGUAAAGGGCUAAUAGGUCAUGAGGCAUUUACAGCCAUGUGCUUAUCGGUGCUGAUAAGCACCGCAGUUGUUGCAUCGAUUUUGCGAUGUUACUAUGACUCUUCAAGGAGGCACCGGGAUUACAUUGGAAGAAGUGUGUUGCAGUCAAGACCAAACUCCCGACUAAGAGUCCUAGUCUGCAUUCAUGAGGAACAAAAUGUUCCAUCUGCCAUUAACCUCCUUGCCACUUUAAGUCCCGGCAAGCAGAGCCCGAUUGUUGUUUACAUGCUUCACAUAAUUGAGAUGAUCGGGGCUGGAUCGCCGCUCCUCAUUCCACAUAGGAAGACCAGAAGGGUCUCUCCCAAGACAAGGGGCUCAGGACCUGUUAUCAACGCCUUUAAAAACUUCGAGGAAACCCAUGCAGGUCUCGUCUCCGUUUACCCCUUUAUUUCAGUAUCUCCGACUCAAGCCAUGCACGAUGAUGUGUGUGAAAUUGCACUUGAAAAGGGGACUUCACUUGUUAUAAUUCCUUUCUACAAGAAGUUUCAUGUUGGCGGUGCAGUGUAUUUGUCUAAAAUGUCCUUAAAGAUCGCCAACCAGAAUGUCCUCAAUCAGGCACCUUGCUCGGUUGCAAUACUCGUCGACCGUGGCACCCUUAAAACUCUGCAUGCCAUUUGGCCAUGUUGGUCCUCUUCUGAAGUUGCCGUUGUCUUCUUGGGUGGAGCUGAUGAUCGGGAGGCAUUGGCUUUGGGAGCUAGGAUGAAUCUAUGUCAAAAUAUCAAUUUGGCACUCGUAAGAAUCCGAUAUGAUGGAAAUUUUCCGGAUAAAACCGUGGAGGAGAUUCGACUCGACAAUGAAAGUCUAGCACAGUUUCAAACAAAUAUCUCUGGGAACAAUUGCACCAAGUACAUUGAGGAAGUAGUGAACAAUGAGACAACGACUAGUAAGUUCCUUCACACCCUAGAUAAUCACUACGACAUGGUAGUGGUUGGCAGGCGUCAUUACAAUGCAUCACCUCUUUUGUCGGGGUUAACGGAAUGGAACGAAAACAGUGAGUUGGGCGCAAUCGGCGAUAUGUUGGCUUCUUCAGAUUUCCUGGGAAACACCACAAUCUUGGUGGUUCAACAACAUACCGACAGUGGUCAUGACAAGUGAAAUGAAAUACAUACUAACAAGGGUUCUGAUUUCAAAUGAAUGCCUUACAUCACAAGUGAGACCAUAGAGCAAAACUGACCUGCAAGAAGCAUACUAGAAUUA